AUGUCUUUCUUCGAAGAGGGCGCGGACUGGCCCCUGAGCUGCCGGGACCCGUCGACAAGCAGGAUGGUCUACCACGCCGGUCUCGACCUCGAAGCCGGUGUCGCGUCACCCCUGGGAGGCCAAAGUGUGUACGGGCGGAUGGACGAGCUCGCCCGGAUUCUGCACUUCCUCCUCGCCGGCGAUGGAAGGCUCCUGCGGCCGGUGACCGCAGCGGUCAUGUUCGAGCCGCAGCUGGAUGGGGCGUCGAGGAGGGCCCUGCUGCGCUAG